UGAUCACCGAGCCCAGAUUUUUGAGGCUGUGCCGCUGCCAGCCUUGAAGCUUGUUCUCGCUUUCUUCCUCUCCUUCGCCUCCUGGCACUUCCCAUCACCAACUCAUUCCACCAACACCUGGAAGGCCGUACCCAUCUUCGGCACACAAUCGCGAUCAUUUCUUGUCGUUAACUCAUCUCCGGCAGUUGAUUUACCGGAUUCACGACAACAGCCUAAUUUUUCCCCGACCACUUCCCUUCGUUUUCCCGACCCAGUCGCGUUCCCUUCCGGCAGUAAAAUCGCCCAACAUGUCUGGCGAAGAGGAUCUUAUCGACUACUCUGAUGACGAGCUCAACAACGAGACCGCCGCCCCCACCUCCAACGGAAAGAAGGGAGAUGCUGCGGCCGCUACACAGAACGUCGACAAGAAGGGCUCCUAUGUCGGCAUUCACUCGACUGGUUUCCGCGACUUCCUCUUGAAGCCUGAGCUCCUUCGCGCCAUCGCCGACUGCGGCUUCGAGCAUCCGUCGGAGGUUCAGCAGACAUGCAUUCCCCAGGCAAUGCUCGGCGGCGAUAUUAUUUGCCAGGCGAAGUCUGGUCUCGGCAAGACCGCCGUCUUCGUUCUCACCACCCUUCAGCAAGUCGAGCCGGUCGCCGGAGAGUGUUCGGUCCUGGUCAUGUGCCACACCCGUGAACUGGCAUUCCAAAUUCGCAACGAGUACAACCGGUUCAGCAAGUACAUGCCCGAUAUCAAGACUGGCGUGUUCUACGGCGGUACUCCCAUCCAAAAGGACGAGGAGAUCUUGAAGAACAAGGAGACGCACCCUCACAUCAUUGUCGGCACACCUGGUCGUCUCAACGCCCUCGUUCGUGACAAGCAUCUGCGCCUGGGCAACGUCCGCAUGUUUGUCCUGGACGAGUGCGACAAGAUGCUUGAUCAGAUUGAUAUGCGCCGCGAUGUCCAGGAGAUCUUCCGGGCCACCCCGCAGCAAAAGCAGGUCAUGAUGUUCUCCGCUACGCUCUCUGACGAGAUCAAGCCGAUCUGCCGGAAGUUCAUGCAGAAUCCGACGGAGCACUACGUCGACGAAGACACCAAGUUGACGCUCCACGGUCUUCAGCAGUACUACGUCGCUCUCCAGGAGAGGGAGAAGAACCGUAAGCUGAACGAGCUGCUUGACGAUCUCCAGUUCAACCAGGUCAUCAUCUUCGUCAAGAGCACUCUUCGUGCCACCGAGCUUGACAAGCUUUUGCGCGAGUGCAACUUCCCGUCGAUUGCUGUCCACUCUGGCAUCAGCCAGGAGGAGCGCAUCCGUCGGUACAAGGAGUUCAAGGAGUUCAACAAGCGCAUCUGCGUGGCUACGGAUGUCUUCGGCCGUGGUAUCGACAUUGAGCGGAUCAACCUCGCCAUCAACUACGACAUGCCCGCGGAUGCCGACUCGUACCUGCACCGCGUCGGUCGUGCCGGCCGUUUCGGUACCAAGGGUCUUGCCAUUUCGUUUGUCAGCAGCGACCAGGACAAGGAGGUGCUGCAACAAAUCGAGAAGCGCUUCGAGGUCGCUCUUCCCGAAUUCCCCAAGGAGGGCAUCGAUGCUUCUACAUACAUGGCUUCUUAGGCCAACAUAGCUGUCGAGGUUUAGCUUUGCUCUUGUGGCCGCCUUGGUUGGUCGGCAGCCGUGUUUCGCUCAAGUGGUCAGGCGUGGGCGCGAUGGGCAAAAUUCGGAAGAACGAAAAACAAAU